AUGUCGUCAGGCGCUCUCUUUCCAAGCCUUGUGACCGGUUCCAGGGGAAGCUCCAGCAAGUACCUGGUCGAGUUUCGUGCUGGCAAAAUGACUCUCAAGGGAAACGUAGUGACACCGGAUAAACGCAAAGGCAUGGUGUACAUCCAGCAGUCUGAUGACUCCCUAAUUCACUUCUGCUGGAAGGACAGGACAACUGGGAAUGUGGAUGAUGACCUAAUCAUCUUCCCUGAUGACUGUGAAUUCAAGAGGGUGAGCCAGUGCACCACUGGACGUGUUUACGUUCUGAAAUUCAAGGCUGGCUCCAAGAGACUGUUCUUCUGGAUGCAGGAACCAAAGACUGAGAAGGAUGAUGACUUCUGUCGCAAGGUUAAUGAGUACCUGAACAACCCUCCCAUUCCUGGAGCACCUGGAAGCGGAGGCGGCAGUGGCCAUGAACUUUCUGCACUUGGAGGAGAGGGAGGUCUUCAAAACCUGUUGGGAAAUAUGAGUCACAACCAGCUAAUGCAACUGAUGGGCCCCACAGGUCUGGGCGGCCUAGUAGGUCUAGGAGCUCUAGCUGGACCAGGACUGGCCAAUUUGCUGGGAAGUGGAGGACAAGCUACCAGCAGCUCUUCAUCCAGUCUAAGCUCUCGUAGCCAGUCAGCUGCAGUUACGUCUUCAUCAGGUGGAGCCUCCAGACAGAGUUCCUCUCAGGCCCCUGCCACCUCUGUGACCCCUGCUGCCGCUGCUGCUGCUUCAGCUGUGGCACCUACUAGUGCUGCUUCCUCAGCCCCAGCCUCAGCUCAGACUCCAUUGGCCUCAGCUUCUGGUGCCAGCCCAGGCUCUCAUCAGCCCAUCCAACUCAGUGACCUUCAGAGCAUCCUUGCCACCAUGAAUGUUCCUGCAUCAGCGGCUGCUCAGGGAUCAGCAGUGGACCUUGCAAGUGUGUGCACCCCAGAGAUGAUGGCUCCCAUACUGACCAAUGCCGAGGUCCAGCAAAGACUGCUGCCCUUUCUCCCCUCUGGGGAGAGUUUACCACAGAGUGUUGAGGAGAUCCAGAGCACACUUAGCUCACCUCAGUUCCAGCAGUCGAUGAGUAUGUUCAGCAGUGCCCUGGCCUCCGGGCAGCUUGGACCUCUGAUGAGUCAGUUUGGUUUGCCAGCAGAGGCUGUGGAUGCAGCUAACAGAGGAGACGUGGAGGCAUUUGCUAGAGCCAUGCAGGCCAAAAAAGGAGACUCCAACAAGAAGAAAGAUGAAGACGAGGACAUGAGUCUGGAUUAAAGUAUCUGGCUACUCCUUUAUUAAAUCUGGCUUCCUUUUUCCAGUUUGUCUGCAUCCUUCCACCAAUGUCUUAACUUUUUUUA